AUGGCACCCAUCGAGCGCAUUACCCUCUUCAAGAUCCCCAAGGAGGAGGAUCGGCAGCGCUUGCUGGCGCAGUACAAGGUGCUGGCGAAGACCGCCACCAAGGACGGCAAGCCGUACAUUGUCGCCGCUGCGGUGGGCGCCUCCUUCGACGACCCGCGCAACCAGGGUUUCAAUGUCUCUGUCAAGACGACCUUCGCCUCGCUCGAGGAUAUGAAGUACUACGACACCGAGUGCGAGGCGCACAAGGCGCUGAAGGCUGUUGCCGGACCGAUCAAGGAGGAUGUCCUCACCACGUACUACGAGAACAUUCUGUGA